AUGGCCACGGUAACAGACGACGGCAGGGGGGGAAGGAGAUGUGGUCCCUUGAUAAUAUAUAAUAAGUACGGGCUCCCUUGCAACCUCCCGCCAGGCCACCGUCCGAGCCGGGAGCACAGCCAUAAAGACGAGGAACAGGAAGAAGACGUCUUCCCUUCGUCUCUUCCGUCUCGUCUCGUCUCGUUCGGCCUACCACAGGGCACAAGACGAGGGUUGACGGCUCCAGCUGUCCAACCUAUCACGGCCGGCAAGUGCCCUCCACCCCUCGCGGCCCAGGAUGCAGGAGGCCAUGCGGAUCAUGAGAAGCAAAAUAAAAACGGGACCAGGAACAGGCUCGGCGAGUGGAUGCGCGGGCGACCUUGA